AUGGAGUUUUCAGAGAGGGGAGAGUUAAAGAGAAUGCAGAGAGAGCAAGAGAGGGAGAGGAGACGCAUCCGUGACAGGCAGAGGAGACAAUCAAUGACUCAAGAGCAGAGAGAAAGACAUCUUGCAAGACGCCGUAGAAACUAUCAACUGAGAAGACAAAGAGCUGCAAAUGCUCAUCUUCCAUAUACUUCUUUUCCUCAAUUUCAACCUUUAGAAUCAAGUGCUGGUGAAGCCAGCACCAGUGAUGAGUUUCAAGGUUUUCCUUCUCCAACCUUUAUAGAAUAUGGAGCUUUUUCUCAAGGCGAAGGCUUCCCUCAUUAUGGCCCUAAUCAAGGACAAGAAAUGUUAAAUAUGGGAAAUAAAUUGGCUGAAGGGUCAUCAGUUCCCUUGGAAACAUUAUUUUGUACAUCAACCAAUUCAGCAAGGGGUAUGCGUCUAAAUCAUGUUAGAAGUCUUGCAAGAAACCUGAAACAUUCAAUUGUUGAUGCUUCUUCUAGUGAACAGGUUGCAGCGGAGUUGAUAGCUAAGGAACAUGAAGAUAUAUCAGUUGACAAUUUUGGUAACAACACAAAAUCAUUACGUUUGAAUUGUGUGAAGCGUCUUGCUCGAUCCAAAAAUUCUCCUAUUAAGGAAGAGACUUCGUAUCAAAAGGAUAUUAAAUUACCAGAAGAGGUUCAAUUAUUUGGCAACCAGAACAUAAUCUCUAGUUUAUUCUUCAGCCAAAGAAUAAAGCAACAAAGAGGGAGGCCCAUAGGCCCAAAUGAGCAACGUGUAGUAUUUAUAAACAAACCUAACGCAAAGUUCAAACUACGCUUGAAUACGGUAGCAUGA